AUGAAUCGUCAAACUCUUAAUUUUUUCCUAAUUUCCCUUUUUUCAAUUUCACUUGCAUUAACUAUCAUUGUUGAUGCUCACACUAAUAAACGUGCUCUUGUUAACAAACAUGAUGAUUAUGAAAAUAGAGUGCACCAUGAAAAGUCUGGUCAGAUGAUCUGCGCACCACAGCCGCAAACAACUCAACAAAUUUACAUAGCUCUAGGCCUUUGGUGA